AUGACAUCAACAUACAUAUCGGGUGGGAACAUAGUCCGUGAUCCUCAAGAACUGAGGUCCACAAGCUUUGUUCGGUGGGAUAGAGUGUUGAUGGUGUUCCUACCAUUGCUCAUCUUUGUCGUUUCGAAUCCGGCAAACCAAGCCAAGGUUGCAGCCACGUUACAUCAAUCUGAUUGGGAUCUUUCAUCUACUCAAGAAUUGUUGGACUUCUACCAGACAUACGGCAUGUCUAGGUGGCGGACUACAAACUAUGGCUUGUUUGCGCUGCAAAAACAGUUUGACCGUCUUGAGAUAUUUGCGUUGAACAAUCGAUGGGAGUGCUACUACAGCGAUCCUCAAACUGGUAUGAUUUGCUCCGAACUAGCUUCCUCGAUGUCUGAUGGAUGGCCCAAAUUCUGGGACCGUACCGACCGCGUCUUUUUGGCUACUCGAACUAUUUCAGCGUGUCUAGUUUCAUUCUGGAUAAUAUUUUUCUUUUGUCCUGACUAUUCCGUGACGAGACUGUCAUUAACACAUCCGACGCUCUACGCAUUCAUGUCAAUUUUUUUACGGCCACAUUUGAUGGACUUGGUUACUACUAAUACUGCUGUCUACAUGGCACUCAAAGAGAUGCGCAAGAACCUUGCCAUGAUCCGACCAGGAUCCUUCUUUCAUACCGGAGAUGCAGACUCUGACUAUACCUUGGGGGUCCUGAUGUUGGUAUGGAUGAUUGGGAAUGGAGCAAACGCAUUGGCAUCGCGCCUGAACAGUUCUUACAAAGUAGUAGGGUUUGAUUCGGUAAAAGCAGCAUGCUUGAUGUAUCUUCAUCAGUCUACGGUUUUUUCAGAUACAAUCUAUUGGCUAUUUGGUAUUCAAGGUGUGACGGCUGCGGGUCUAUUCUGGGCAAAUGUUCCGAUAAUAGUCAUGACAAAUGACAAGCACAAUUGGUUCCCACAGUUGGUGUCUUGGGUCAUUGCUGGUUGGGCAGGGCACUUGUUGGCCAAGAACCAUUUGGAGAAUAUAUUCAUUGUUGGACACUUGUUCCGGAGUUUGGGAUUGACUUAG